GAGCCCGGUCUCCGGGAGUAGUUUAUGUUGAAACGGCAUAGAAAAGGUGGAGGACGGUGGAAGGAGUUGCAACUUUCUUUCUUAGCAACUUUAUGGAGAAUAGUCGCCUGGGGUUUCGCAUGGCUGAACGGACUUGAGCUUAUUCCAUAAUACGCAGUUGGACUUUGCCUAACCUUGGGCACUUUUACGUUUUAGGUAACUCUUUUGGGGACUUUUUGACGCUUAUGGACUUAAUGCGUUUUGAUUUAAUGAGACACUGAGAGGAGAGACGUGGAAGUAAGGUACAAUAUAAUCUGUAUUGGUUUACUUGUCGCCAUGUCCAUGCUUCCGACGUUUGGUUUUACGCAAGAACAAGUGGCUUGUGUCUGCGAAGUCCUCCAGCAAGGGGGGAACAUCGAGCGUCUUGGGCGCUUUCUGUGGUCCCUCCCGGCGUGCGAGCACCUCCACAAAAAUGAGAGUGUUCUCAAAGCGAAAGCCGUAGUUGCUUUUCAUCGGGGGAACUUCCGAGAGCUCUACAAGAUCCUGGAGAGCCACCAGUUUUCGCCGCACAACCACCCGAAGCUGCAACAGCUGUGGCUCAAAGCGCACUACAUCGAGGCAGAGAAGCUGAGAGGCCGUCCGCUCGGCGCCGUAGGGAAGUACCGCGUCCGGAGAAAGUUCCCCCUGCCCCGCUCUAUCUGGGACGGAGAGGAGACGAGCUAUUGCUUCAAAGAGAAGAGCAGGAGUAUCCUCCGAGAGUGGUACACCCACAACCCUUAUCCAUCCCCACGGGAGAAAAGAGAGCUGGCCGAGGCCACGGGACUCACGACCACGCAAGUCAGCAACUGGUUCAAAAACCGACGGCAGAGAGAUCGAGCGGCUGAGGCAAAGGAAAGAGAAAACAACGAGAACUCCAACGGCAACAGUCACAACCCAUUGACUUCUUCUAUUAAUGGAAAUAAAACUAUUUUGGGGAGCUCGGACGACGAUAAAACACCUUCUGGGACUCCGGAUCAUACGUCUCCGAGUCCGGCUCAGCUCCUCGGCGCAAACCCCGGUUUACCGUCCCUGCAUGGCCUUGCGCCCCCGCCGGGACCCAGCGCAAUCCCGGUACCCAGCGGCCCAGACUCGAUGCACCAUCACCACUCAUUGCAUCAUGACACCAUACUGAACCCUAUGUCUUCUAAUCUAGUGGACCUCGGCUCUUAAAAGCCGUCACUGAAUGGAGCGCCAUUUUUUGGGGAAAAUAAUUUACGAGGUGGUGUGAGUUAAGCUUCAAGCACUUGCGGCACGGUGCAAGGCAGACAGACUGGAACACUGCGAAAACAGCCACCGUAACAAAUCAUUUAGUCUCAUAUUCAACCUUUAAAAUCUUUUUCAACAAGUGGAGAGAGGAAAACCUGCCAGUGAGCGCAACACCUCCUCUUAUCCCCAAACUGAACGAGCCCUUGUUUCGGGGAUUUUCUAGAAUCAAGAGUUCAGAGCAGAGCACUUAAGAACUUUCCAAAUAUACUUAAACAGGACCCUACCGAACUUUUCCCCCUCGUUAAUUCGCUUGAGGAAAAUAUAAUUUGGAAAAAGUAAGUAAAAGUAGUAGUUUCUUGAGAUGGCUUGUUUUGCUGCAGGGCUGGGGAUAAAAAAUUGAUAAAAAGAAAGAACAGAAGAAAAGAAGGAAGGAAGAAAGAAAACUUUACCGGAAUGUAAAAACGUAAUAUGUUAUAUUGUUGAAAACAAUAACAAUAAAGUGUCUUAAUUCUUGUUACUAUUAGCCUACAGUUGUUAUUUUAGGGGUUUAGAUUAACCUUUAUCACCAGACUCUAUGGGCACAAAGUUACGUGUACCCAUCGCCUUUCUGUUUACAUGGGGUUUUUAAAGAGAGCCAUAAACGGUUAUUUUUGUUUGUUUGUUUGUUUGUUUGUUUGUUUGUUUGUUUGUUUGUUUGUCUGGGGGAGGGUGGGCUGAUGGAGUAUGCCAGUUAAACGUGUCUCAUAGGGGCUGUGAUAAGAUAAAAUAUUCUAACCCCUUGAUAUUAUUGUUAUAAUUAUUUGCAUUUUAAUUUGGGGAGAGACUGCAUGUAAACUCUGCGAUAAAUGAUGAAACAUAAAACGAUUCACCUAUAGUUUCAUAUACCCUUUACAAUAAAAAAAAAAGAAACACGUGGAAUAAA